AUGGGUAUCUUUGGUCAUCAUCAUCUCGAUCCGAUAGCCGAGCCUAUCGCUAUUUUUGAACAAUUUGUCUCAACGGAGCCACAGACAUUGGUCCUUAAGGAAAAGGUGCUCUCUGUCUCUGGGGAUAGCUUCGAAAUCAAGCUGGCUAGCGGUGAGCCACUUCUCAAAGUUCAUGGCGCUUGGGUAUCUCUUUCCGGUCGCAAAAAGGUCGAGGACGCACAUGGCAAGCAUCUUUUCGAUAUCUCCAAGGAGCUUCUGCAUCUCCAUACAACCUACGCCAUCGAGGAUCCCCAUCACAAGAAGAUAUGUGAGCAGAAGACCUCGCUGACCGUCCUAGUGUUGGGCUCCAAGGCCACCGCCACCUUCACCGACCAUAACGACAAGGCGGUGACUUUCACGAUGAAAGGAGGCUGGUACGACCAUAGUGCCGAUAUAGUCAAUGACAAAACCGGCCAAACUGUUGCACGCAUUGACCGAAAGUUACUUAGCGGGCGUGACCUUGUGUUCGGCCAGCAGACAUAUGCCGUCGUCGUUGCCCCUGGCGUGGAUGCAGCUUUGAUCGCCGCGCUGUGCAUAUGCUUUGAUGAGAAGAAUAAUGAAGAACGUGGUGAAUGA